AUGGAGACUGAAACUCAAUAUCAAAUUUCUCCAGAAGGUGUGUCACUAAUUAUAUCUUUAGAUAUCGAAUUUCUGAAUGAAAAAUAUCGUCUGGUUUUUACAUAUCCUGCAGCUGCGUUUGCCAUUUCCGCUGUCAUCCUUGCAUCCACGAGAUUUUUGAGUUUCCCAAAAUUUUUCAGAAACCCUCUUGAAGUAAGCAUCCAAAUUAAUUUAGUCAGUCUCCAGAAGGAAACGCUCUCUUCUAUACCAGACUAUCCAAAAUGGCAAAGCCUCCCUUGUUAUUAUAUGGAGCAUGCGUCGGAGGAGCUAUAGGCUUAUUUCAAUAUGAAUUGGCUAAAUAUCAAAUGUUUGUGAAGUAUAAAACUUUAGUAAAUACAUAUUUGGAUGCUUGUGAAGCAGUCUAUGUGAGUGAAUUAAAAAAGAGUUAGGAAAAAUGA